UUAAUAUUUGCUAUAUUUUUCCAGACUGUUGUGGGGAAGGAUGGGGUUUCUACGGCCGAAACUGCCCCCCGGGUGCAUCAGAAAGCGGCAGCAGCUCAGGAAUCUCGCUCCUUCGCUGUCGGAAUGUUCUCUGGGCAGAUCCACUCUGAGCAGGUGUUCCCUUAUCCAUCAGUGCUGAAUGAGGAUCAGUCCCAGUUUCUGUCGGAGCUGGUGGGCCCCGUGUCCCGCUUUUUCGAAGAGGUUAAUGACCCCGCCCUCAAUGACUCCCUACAUCGGGUGGAAGAUAAGACCCUCGCUGGCUUGAAGGAAAUGGGGGCAUUUGGGCUGCAAGUUCCCACGGAGCUUGGGGGGCUGGGGCUGAACAAUACUCAGUAUGCCCGGCUGGUGGAGAUCGUGGGGAUGCACGACAUGGGCGUUGGCAUUACCCUGGGGGCCCAUCAGUCCAUUGGAUUCAAGGGCAUCCUGCUCUUUGGGACUGCGGAGCAGAAGGCGAAGUACCUGCCCCGGCUAGCCUCAGGAGAAACUAUUGCUGCUUUCUGCCUGACGGAGCCCACCAGCGGGUCAGACGCUGCUUCUAUCAGAACCGCCGCACGCAAGAGUCCCUGUGGGAAGUAUUAUACCCUCUCGGGGGGCAAAAUCUGGAUCAGUAAUGGCGGCAUCGCCGACGUGUUCACUGUGUUUGCAAAGACUCCCGUCCAAGACCCCGCCACGGGGGAAACGCGAGAGAAAGUGACGGCCUUCAUUGUGGAGAGGGUCGAGGGGGUCACACAUGGCCCUCCGGAAAAGAAAAUGGGCAUCCGCGCCAGCAACACGGCCGCCGUAUUCUUCGAUGAAGUUCGUGUCCCGGCCGAGAAUGUGUUGGGUGGGGAGGGAAAUGGCUUCAAGGUGGCUAUGAACAUCCUCAACAACGGGCGCUUUGGCAUGGCCGCCGCCCUCUCCGGCACCAUGAAAGGCAUGAUCCAGCGUGCAGUGGAACAUGCCACCAGUCGCACCCAGUUUGGCAGCAAACUCCACCAGUUUGGGAUAAUCCAGGAGAAGUUGGCGCGCAUGGCGGUGCUGCAGUAUGUCACUGAGUCUAUGGCCUACAUGAUCAGCGCCAACAUGGAUUCCGGCCACAAGGACUUUCAGAUAGAAGCAGCCAUCAGCAAGAUCUUUGGCUCGGAGGCUGCCUGGUCUGUGACAGACGAAUGUAUCCAGAUCCUCGGUGGCACCGGCUUCAUGACUGAUGGAGGCGUUGAGCGGGUUCUACGGGAUCUGCGCAUUUUCCGUAUCUUUGAGGGAACCAAUGACAUCCUGAGGCUGUUUGUAUCACUGCAAGGGAUGCAGAGCGCCGGGAAAGAGCUGAAAUCUUUGCAGAAAGCACUGAGUAACCCCCUGGGGAACAGUUCCCUGCUGCUGAGGGAGGGGAUGAAGAGAGUGCGCAGGAAGGCCGGUCUGAGCUCUGGACUCUCAUUAAAAGGACAAGUGCACCCAGAGCUGGAGAAGAGCGGGGAAUUGGCUGUCGCGGCACUGGAAGACUUUGGAGGUACCGUGGAGGAGGUGCUGGUGAAAUAUGGCAAGAGGAUUGUGGAUGAGCAGUUCGUGCUGCAGAGAGUGGCAGACUGCGCCAUUGAUCUCUAUGCCAUGAUAGUGGUGCUGUCCAGGGCGUCUCGCUCGCUCUCUCAGGGACUCCCGGCGUCGGCGCAUGAGAAGAUUCUGUGUGACAUCUGGUGCUCUGAGGUGAGUUAUUGCCCCAUCUGCCCCCCCCAAUUCCCUGAGCCCCACCCUGUGACCCACGGCUCUCUCCCUCCAUCCCAGGCCCAGUCCCGUAUCCACAGGAACCUGCAGAGCUUGCGCUCCGGUGGGGAUGGAGCCGCUCUCUUCCGCAACCUGCGCUCUGUCUCGUCGGCUCUGACGGAGAAUGGGGGCACGGUGACGCAGCACCCCCUGGGCUUCUGAUGGGAGCGAUUCGACGAAUCAGCACAGGCGAAUAAGCUCCGCCUUCUGCCGCGCCUUAUGUUUGAGUGAUGGACAUUGCCUGGUUCCACUGUUGCCUUGUUAUUCCCUUGCCAACCGUGCCACUCACCAACAUUAUCUGCGCCCGUCCUUCUGGCGGCUUUGUGUGCCUUCUGCCCCACGCAUCAUGGUACCGGUGCAUCAUGGGAGGUGGCUGAGGGCAUGUAGAUUCUGCAAUCAACUCGUAUUGGCAGUUCUGCAUGGAUGAAACCAAGUGUAGCGCCCCCUACAGUGAACUAUGCACCCAUAAAAUAAAGCACCAUCUGGUUCCAUCAA